AUGACUCUCAAAUUUGCUACUAUACCAUCAGGCGCAAAGGUCCAGCCUAAGCCGUUCACUGUGUCUAUCCCAGAUGAGCAAAUCGAAGAAUUGAAAACUCUGGUGAGACUGUCUAAGACUGCGCCGCCAACCUACGAAGGUUCUCAAGAGGAUGGCAGACUUGGAGUCCCUAGCAGCUGGCUGGCAAAUGCAAAAGAGGAGUGGAAGAAGUUUGAUUGGAGAGAAACCGAGAAAGAGAUUAAUGGGUUUCCGCAAUUUACAUACGAAAUCGAGGGUUUAAGAAUUCACUUUGUGGCAUUGUUCUCCGAGAAGCAAGAUGCGAAGCCAAUUGCUUUUUUCCACGGAUGGCCUGGAAGCUUCCUGGAAUUCCUACCACUCCUGACAAUUUUCCGCGAGAAGUAUGAACCCUCGACUUUACCCUACCACCUGAUUGUACCUUCUCUGCCCGGCUAUACAUUCUCUUCCGGUCCACCGGUUGAUCGAGAUUUUACUUCACCUGAUGCCGCCAGAAUCUUGAACACAGUUAUGGUCAAUCUCGGCUUUGGGAAUGGAUAUGUUGCCCAGGGAGGUGAUGUAGGGUCUAAAAUCAGUCGUAUUUUGGGUACAAAAUAUGACUCCUGCAAAGCUGUGCACUUGAACUUUCUAGGACGCGUCAACCCGCCUGAGGGAGAGCACAAAUACUCGGCCGUUGAACAAGAAGGUCUCAAGAGAGCAGAAUGGUUCAGUACCUAUGGCACUGCUUACUAUAUGGACCACGCAACUCGGCCAAGCACAAUCAGUCACAUAUUGUCCACAAAUCCAAUUGCUCUCCUCACAUGGAUCGGGGAGAGAUUCCUAGACUGGCCUGACAAACGCAACCCAAUCCCACUCCGAACAAUCUUGCAAGAAGCCACGCUAUACUGGUUGACAGAGACCUUUCCACGAUCCAUCUACACCUAUCGCGAGACCUAUCCUCCUCCACCUGUCCCUCCUGCACAACAACCAGAGAAUUACAUCCAUAAGCCUUUCGGUUUUUCAUACUUCCCGCUAGAGAUCAUACCUGCUCCUCGAUCGUGGGCUAAACUCACGGGUGACUUGGUGUUUUGGAAAGAACAUACAAAGGGAGGCCAUUUCGCCGCACUUGAAUGUCCUCAAGAACUUGCAGACGAUAUCGUCGAGUUUGUAGAACAGGUUUGGUCUGAAUGA